AUGGACCCUCUUUCUUUGGCAGUCAGCGUAGUACCGGUGGCCGAGCAGCUGGUCAAGACCAUAAAAACCAUCAAAAAGCUGAUCUCAACGUACAAGAGUGCUGCAAAAGAGCUCGAAACACUGACAAGCAGGCUUGGUCAUGUGGAAGUCAUCUGUGAAUCCAUCGGGACCGUACUAGAAACCGCUUGCCUAUCAAAAAACCUCAGUGAAGCAUGUCUUCCUGCUUCCCUGUAUCAGAUGAUUCAUGAAUGCUACGAAAAGGUUACAGUCAUUCAUGAUGUUAUCCAAAACGUCACUGAAAAACGCGACAGAGGUUGUCGUCGAUUCAGAAACGAAGGCCUUUUGUUCUUGCAGCAUAAAGAUAGGAUAAUUGCCAGCACGAAGGGCUUGGACAAAUCCCUCGAAUACCUCCAUCUUCUCCUUACAACAAGUAUUUUCAUUAUGAGCAUAUCUUGCCCUCCGGCGCCCGAAGUCACCAUGUCGAACAAAAACAGUCCGUCAAAUCAGUCAUCUAUAUUAGUCGCACCCUCCCAGAAGAUUGAUUCGAAUUGCAUCGACACUAGCCCCGUUUCUACCGACACAACUACGCAACCGAAGCAAGUCGAAACCAUCAGCGAAGGCUGGCGAAGAUCCUUCCUACAAUUUGCUUUCUUACAGAAGACCCGCAAGCGAAACAUAAUAACUGAAACUGAAGGCUCAGGUCCAUCAGUAACUAAUGUCGACUCAGUCCUGACAGUGGGAUCAACAUGGCUCAACUGGUAUAUGAAGCUGUCACUCCGAAAAGACCACCUUACGCCUUUACCACGAGUGCAAUAUGUUGGGUCGCACUUUGGUAGUGGUGAUUGGAGAUGGCAUACGGUCCGGACUCAGGGCCAGCUUCAAAGCGCCAUCGAUUAUAUCAAUAUCCGCAAGAAUGCCAUAACUCCAGAUGAAGUAUACAUGUUACUGCUGGGAGUACGAGACUUCCGUCGCCUCAAAGCCUGCAUGGAUGCGUAUCUAAGUUGGCGACCAACCAUUUCACCUAAAUUCAAUGACUCAAUACUAGAACGGGUGCUCACCACUUCCAUCAGAGGGGAUUUUUCCGACGAUCUCCAUAUGGAAAGCUGCGCAGCAAUGAUCUCGGAUCUCAUUGCACGAGGUCUAGACAUCGUCAACGGCAAUUACUCUAACGCGAGCCUUUCCACAAUACUUACGAGUUCUGCAACUGGCUCUGACGAAGCGGUGGAGAUGAUACAUGGCUGGCUCGACAUACUGAAACUAGCCGGCGUCGAUGUAGAGCACUUUGAAAUCCGGACAAAUGCAGCGCAGAAUAUGCGGUACCAUCAAGCCUGGAAAUCUGGGCAGAAUCUGGAAGUGAUUGGCCCGGAGAAGCGCUCAUGGCCAGUUGCACCAGUAUUAAGGGUUGAAAGCCAGCCAGAUGACCCUGUACUAGCGGCCGACAUUACUGAAGAGUACAGAACUGCACUUGAAUGGACAGAACGUGCAUGCAAUCUUAUGGAAAGUCGUUUUGAGCGGAAGCAGAUGCGGAAGAUGAAAAAACGGGAAAGAAAGGGAAAGACGUCCAACAAAAUCACGGUGCCUGGAUCUUGGGUAGACUGA